AUGAGUGUGAAGGAUGGAGUUGCUCCGAGCCUGAGCGUGUGGAACAAACAGCGGGCGGGCAGAGGCGCACACGAUACUUUGGGGAGGGAGAUACCGAGUAGUUUUCUGAAGGAAGUCAUUGACUUCAAGGCAGGGGAGGGGCACAUGCCCGAGUAACGCAGCCAGCAGUGGCGUUAGUUGACACCGGGUCACCCCAAUCAUUUGUGGCCGAGAAGGUAGUCAUGCGUAUGCUUGAAUGCGGGGCAGCCUCGAAAUCAGGCAUCCGCACUGCCAAAACACGUAGAUGGAGUGGGUUUGGAGGCACACCAUUGGCAACGAAUAGCAUGGUGCGACUCAAUGAACAGUUUUUUCGAUCGUGCGUCCCAACCCACAGCAAAGCUUGCAGUGAACGCGUAUGUAGUACCAGAGGGGGUGAUGAGCCACGAGGUUCUCCUCAGUACAGACAGUUGGGCGCGUUUCCCUGUGAGGUAGUAUAUUGAUGAAAGGGAGGGUGAGACCACUCUUAGAUUGAAAACCUCCCUACCUCCUACCCAAACACCUACGGCUGACCAAGAUGCUGAGCCGGAGAUGGUAUCGUACAUCGAGUCACCAGACCAUGAUGGCAGCGAGCAUCGUUUGAUUUUUUAUUCCACGAAAGACGUGCAAU